ACGGAAGGAUGUUACAUAUGGUGUACAAGGCAAAUGACAAAUUCAGUAGCAUUAAUCGAAACAGUGACGUUUGAUUUGUUCGUUGAAAACUGCGUUUUAUUGGAGUAGUGGCGACGUUUCCACAUUGAACCGAGAUGUCGCGUUUUGGUGGUGAUUUAAACUUCUGCCUGGAAUGUGGGAAUGUUCUUCUACUGCCAGGAAUUCAGGACACAGUGUGUUGCCCCCGCUGCUCCUUCUGCAUUCCUGUAGCAGAGAUUUCGGGUCAGGAAAUCCACUCCACAGUCAUCUUCAGCCCCAUGGAGGAGUCGGUGGCUCUGGAGAAGAAUGACGACUCUAAGCUGAAGGGCCCUGUGAUUGACAGGCGGUGCUCCCGUUGCAACAAAGAGGGGAUGGUUUACCACACUAGGCAGAUGAGGUCUGCAGACGAAGGACAGACUGUCUUCUUCACUUGUAUACACUGCAGAUACCAAGAAAAGGAAGACUCCUAAGAAGAAAGCUGCCUAUCCUUCUCAGUUCCUCUCCAUCUGCCAGAUGGUUGGAUACGUUCUCAACACAUUUAUUGUAAACUUCAGUUUGAAGGAGCAAACGGUCACUGGCCUUUUACCUCUGGCUUAUAUUGAGGCUGUGCACUGCAAAGUAUCACAGUAACUGUGUUUACCCACUCUUGAAUCAGCUUACAGUCAGCUGGUUUCUUAACAGUAAACAAGGCCUGCUGCAGAAUGCCAGUUUCUCUAAUGUGUAUACACCUGUCUGAGCCCCUAAUAAGCUGUUUACAGGUUCCCAUGAUAAAACGGUGCGAUAAGAAAUCAGAAUCGGCUUUAUUGGCUAGGUGUGCUGGACACAAGGAAUUUGACUGUGGUACAGCAGCUC